CAGGAAGGAGCCAGACUUGGGAAACAUUUCAAGAAACUAAUAUAAACAGACUGUUAAAGCAGUUGUGUUACUGACCCCACCCUGUAUGACGGCCCUAGAUAAAAAUGAUGCUCCAAGCAUUCUUUUAGAUAAAGAUCCAAGCCUCUCGGGCUUUACUCUUUGUGUUAAUGAAAGUAACUAGCUAAAGAUCUCAUUUCAGAGGUGAGUUUUGAACCAAAUAAUCACAGGCCAUUAAGAGCUUCAACCAGAAGCUGAAGAAGAGGUUCAGGCAUACAGUCACAGAAGAACCAUGGAUAAAAGCUAUGUAAUGGCCAAGUAUGGACUGGAGUCCAAAGAAAUGCUAACGUCCAGAAAUAAAGACUGCUGGUAUUAUCUGAAAUACUUUUUCCUCUUCACUUCCCUCAUCCAGUUCCUCAUCAUCUUGGGACUGGUGCUCUUUAUGGUUUAUGGCAAUGCUCAUGCUUUCACAGAGGCCAGACUAAGUGAUGUAGAAAAACUCAACAGUAAACUAUUGGGAGAUCUCAAAACACAGGAGAGACACAUCCAACAGAUGACCCUUAACAUUUCCCGUCUCGAGAAGGAGAGGAAUUUUUACUAUAAUAUGUUAGAAUUCAAAAAGAGAGAGGUGAACACCUUGAAUUCUACCCUGGCUUUAAAGAACGCAAAAAUUGUAAGUGAAUUCUGAUAGAAAUAUUUGGUUUAUUUUGUUUGAUAACAUUACAGAUGGUUUCAUCCACAAACAGCUUUUUAAAUUAAUUUUGAUUAUUAGAGCAGUGUUGACGGUACCAUUAGACAAACAAACACGAUAACGAAAUCUUUACAUUUCAAAGUCCAUUGUGGUCUGGAGCUGUAACUAGAUUUCAGUGUUCAUGUCCGCUUUGUCAUAACAAUUUUGUGUGAAAUGUGUUAUCCCCUUCGGGAUAUUCUGCAUUUAGUUAAUUACCUUGUUAAUUGCCUAGUCAUAUAGGUUAAAAAGUUAAUCAAGCGCAACACAUUUUGCAUAUUCAGCUGUAAUAAUAGAAAGUGAUAUUUGAGUCCGGUUUCUGCUUUAUUAAGGCAAAACAGUUUGGCGAUUUUGUCUAACAGAAAAAAAAGUCAAUAGGAAUAAUAUCUGCUUGUAUAUCAUAUUCUGUAAAUAAGAUUUAAAUGUGGAAUUGAGCUUGUCUAUGUUUGAUGAGUAUAAAAAUCUGUCAUGUCAGAAGCUUUAUAAAAUAGUACAUUCAUUACAUAUACACUGAGCAGCCACAACCAUAGGAAUGCACAGUCCAUUUCAUUAGGGUGUUAUUUUUUAAUGUUAUGUAGUGUGAAUAUCUAUUAUAACGUUGGGUGCUUGUGUGCUUCAUAUGUAUGUAUGCACACAUACUCACAGAUACACAUAUACACACACAUAAAUAUACUCUCACAGAGACAUACACAAGCAUACAUACACUCACAGAUACAUAUUCAGCUAUACAUGCAGACACAUUCACAGACAAAUGUAAGCAGGGCUCAAACAUUUUAGGUCCAGGGCUACUAGCUUGGACUGAAAUUUGCACACAAAUGCACAUACAUAUAUUUUUUUUCUUCGCAUUGAGCAGCUUUCUCUCUCCCUAAGGAGACAGUUCCCUUUGGAGUUCAAAUCAAUGGACCAGAUUGCUUCACUAGUUAACAAACUGGUCACUUAUUCAUUCACUCUAAUAAGUAGUCCCUCGGACAAUGGCAGACAUAGUGACAUGUACAGUCAUACCUGAAGAUGCACUGACAGAAACACACAUACAGUCACACAAACAUACAUACAUUCACAGUCAUACAAACAUAUACAAGAGCAUAUUCAGUGACACAUGUACACAAAGAUAUGCACUCUCAAAAACACAGAUGCACAGUCAGUCAUGCAGACACAAUACACAUGAAAAGAAUACAUGUGUGAAGAAGUGUAAUUUCCAUUUAAUAGAAAAUUUGAAGAGAAAUACAAGUUAGCUGCCCCUCAUCCCAAUAUAGCUAGUGGGAGACUUAGGGGAUAGGGUCACUAGUGAGGAGAGAGGGGCUGUAGUUAAGGAUGGGGGCUGUAGUGGGGAUUAGGGGUUGUAGUAAAGGGUUAGGAGCAGUAGGUUUGAAGUGGGGGUUACAGCUGGUAGUGGGGGAUAGGGCCAGUAGAGCGUGAUAUGGACACUAUGAGGGAUAGAGGCAAUAAGGGGGGUUUAGGAAUGUUAAUGAGUUAAAGGGGGUCUUCCCAAAAGCCGUACUGCACCGCUUUAGUCCGUAAUGAACACUGCUGCCAGACUGAUUUUCCUCUGUAAUCGUUUCUCGCACAUCUCACCCCUCUGCCAGUGUAGUGGGUAACAUUGGCUUCCUGUAUGCUAUAGAAGUCAAUUCAAGGUACUAAUUCACAUCUGUAAAGCACUGAACAACUCUAGCCCCUCUUAUAUCUCCUCACAGAUCCAUAGGUAUGUCCCUUCUCGGUCUCUACGCUCUGCCCGUGACUACCUCCUAUCCGUUGUCCGCACCCGUACCGCCAACUCACACUUGCAGGACUUCUCGCGGGCGGCUCCCUUCUUAUGGAAUAGCCUGCCUACCUCCAUCAGACUCUCCCCUAGUCUUGCAUCUUUUAAAAAGUGCCUUAAAACCCAUCUCUUUAGGAAAGCUUAUGGCCUCCCAGAGUAACUUCUACCUCACAUACAUGUCUCUUGCUCUCUCCUAAAGGGCAGCCCACCUUAUUUGACUGCAAAUUCCUGUCCUAAUGUGUUUUACACCCAACCUCCUAUAGAAUGUAAGCUCAUUUGAGCAGGGUCCUCUUCAACCUAUUGUUCCCGUAAGUUUAUUUGUAAUUGUCCUAUUUAUAGUUAAAUCCCCCUCUCAUAAUAUUGUAAAUCGCUACGGAAUCUGUUGGCGCUAUAUAAAUGGCAAUAAUAAUAAUAAAUAAUAAAUGGGCUAUAGAUGUGUAUUAGUGCUGUAGUUGGUGAUAGGGACUGGUUGGGGAUAAAGGCUGUAGUGGUUUACAAGGGUGGUACUGGGAAUUAGAGGCAGUAGUGGGGUGGAUUAUGGUCUAUAGUGUGGGUAAGGAGCUGAAGUGAUGGAUUAGAACAUGUAGUGUGGGGAUAGAGGCUGUAGUGGAAAUUAUGGGUAUCAGUGAGUGAUAUGGGCAGAAGUUGGGUUUACUGGCUGCAGUGGUGGUUACAGGCUGUAGUGGAGGGAUAGGUGCAGUAGUGGGUGAUAGCGGCAGUAGUGUGUGUUUACGAGCCAUAGUGGGCAUUAGAGUAGUGGGGAUAAGAGGGAGUAAUGGGGGUUAAGAGGCAGUAGUGAGGGUUAAUGGCAGUAGGUUAUUGAUAGAAGUGGGGGUUGGAAGUGUAGUGGGUAAUAAAGGGGGGUUGGAGGUUAAGUGGGUGUUAGAAGAUGUAGUGUAGAGAUAAGGGGCUGUAGUUGGGACUAGAGUUAGCAGCAGGGGUUUAGGAGCAUUAAAAAUCUGUUUAAAUAAAACAAAAAUGAAAGAAAGUUUCUUCCCUCCUACCUGAGGCUUAGCUUGAGCCAGGGAAUGGGGAAUCAUGAUACCUGGUGGUCCAGUGGGAAAUGGAGCUUGUCUGCACCUCUAGUGGGUGCAGACAGCUCCUUUCGGCUGGCGCAGAAAAAUGAAUCAGAGCAUUGCUGUGGUAGCCAGCGGCUACGCACUAAUAAAAUAAAAGAAACAGAUAACUUGGUGUAGAUAUACAGGUCAAGUUCUCUUUCCUCCACCUCAGCCCAUGGGGCCAACUGGGAACCACUGCUAUUGCUAUGGGGUUGGUGUGGGUCAACAAUUUAUAAGAAUGUGUUUAUCUUAGGUCUUUAAAUGAACACUCUGGGCACUUUUUAUUGGUCUCGUAUUUAUGCUGUGUUUUUCUUCACAUUCAAAUGUCUUUAGUUUUUCUAAAAGAAAAAUGUCUUAGUUUUCUGCAUACCUAUAUCUCUUUGCACAAAACAUCUUCCUGAUUGGAAGGUAGACAGCUUGGCUCAGCCAAUGAGAAAUAAGAAAUUGCUGUGAGCUAAGCUGCUGAUUCAACAUUCAUCCCACAGGUUAUUGUCCUUUCUUAACUUUACAGUAUUUCAAAAAUAGUUUUAGGUAGAAAAGGUGCAGGUACUUAGAGGAUAGUAAUUGGGUGUGGGUUGAAGUCAUCGGGGCCAGCACUAUCAUAAGGCUUUGCGUCAGGCUCCAUCUCUGAGGUGCACCCUGCUUCUCUUUGAGUUUGUGGGGGCAUCAAACAAUCUUUCUGGCCAGCCCAGCGCCCCGUAAAUGCAAGUCAUACACAAAAUACAGAAUAGAAGGAAUGUUUUCCUCUCGCUUUAUACUAACUGCCUGAGCAUAUUACAUUCUGUUCUGUAUGGAAUGUUGUGAUUGACUGUCCCUAUUACAUAAUGCAAAAAAGGUCACCCACUUGGGGGGGGCAGAGCUCCACAGACUGCCUGCUGAGGUGUCCUGAUGUAAAACUGGUUCUCAUGCUGAGCUAUGUCUUGCAGUUGGGGAGGUAAGAGAGAAAUAUGUAUCUCUCUGUGUAAAUAUGGCAAUGCGUGUGUCUAAGUGUGUAAAUAUGUCAAUGCAUAUAUCUGUGUGUAAAUGUCAGUAUAUGUGUCUGUGAAAGUUUAUUAAUCUGUAUGUGAGUAAAUAUUAUAGAGCUGUCGUUACAUAGCUGUUUCGGUUGAAAAAAGGCCAUUAAGUUCAAUCUUGAAUAUGUCACUGUAUGUAUCUGUACGUGUGAAUGCAUGUACCUGAAUAUGUAAAUGUGUGGCCAACAUUGUACGUUUCAGUGUAAAUAUAUAUACUUCUGUGUGUGAGUGUAUGCAAUCUGAGUUUACCUAACCAAAAAAGACUCUAAGGAAGGGGCACAAUGUGGCGACCUAUCCAUUUUGUCAAGGGUGGAAAAAAAUCUUUGCACGUGCCUUAGAAGUGACAUGAACAACUCAGCUUGUGGUGAUCUCUAAUUGGCUAAGCUGUACUCAGACUACAUCUUUUAACCCCUUAAGGACACAUGACAUGUCUUUAAGGGGUUAAAGAAGUGGCUUUGUUAAAAGAGGAGCAUGGUUUGGGUGGCAAGGCUACAUGCAGAAAAUUGCAAGACUUUUUUAGCAAAACGAAAGAGAUUUGAAUGUGGAGGAAAAAUACAGCAUAUAUAUGAAACCAAAACCUAUCAAAGGUACUUAAAAUAAAUAUGUACUGUUUCUCCAAAGAUGUCAAAACAAAAAAGUUAUGUAUCUCCACUCCUGAGAAUAGUUACCUCACUAAGAAAGGCAAUUACAAAAUUGUACUUUUGUAACACUACAUUAAAGGGGUAUUAUUUACAUUUCAUGUGAGUUACACAAUUGAAUUGUUUACAUCUUGUUAUUUUUUCCACAGUAUUAGUUAAAUACAUAUAGCAUUUUAAAAUUACUUCUUGCCAUAUAAUUACAAUUAUCUUUAUAGCGCUAAAGUAUUCAACUGCAAUAGAUAAAACAAGGCAAACAAUUCUCAAUAAACAUAUGGGAACAGUAGUUGUAGAAGGCCCUGCCUAUACAAGCUUACAGUCUAAAAGAUGCAUAGUUUAUUACACCAAUUUUAAAUCUGAAUGAGCACAUCUAUGAUUUUCUUUUUUCCUAAAACAAUCUAUUCCUGUACAUUUUAUUUAAAAAAAAUAAAAAUAAAAUAAUAACAGCAUUGUAUAACUAGAAUUCUACACAGCAGGAGUAGAAACACAAACAAAAUGCCAGGAUAACUGCUGGGUAACUGUUGCUAACUUGCUAAUAUUGUUAAUUAAUAAUCUGUUUUGUAUGCUUCGUAAAGAAAAUAAAAUGAUAGUCAUCUCUCGGACAUGUGACGUUUUCAUUCUCUAUUGAUCAGAUUGAACUAACUACACUGAGUUCAAAGAUUCUACAAACACUUCCACCAAAGUGUGAAAACUGUAAAGAGCGUAUUGACAGGCUGAACAAUUCCUGCAUUGGUAAGAUACUAUGACAUUAAUGAGAUAAAUCUGUGCCAAAUAGAGUUGGUUUAUCAUAGCAAAUACUGUGAGAUUUAAGAUUGAUUAUUACGCAUCUUCCACCAUGAAAGGACAGUCUGUUCUCAUCCAUAAGUAAAGUUAAAGAAUGAGAAAUUGAUCCAUUAGGGCUGGCUUUUCAAUCAACUUUUAAAUAGAAUGAGAUGAGGUAUAGAUGGGUACUUGAAGCUGACCUGUACUUGUACUAUCCACAAUUUAAUGUUGUGAUGCAGUUAUUUGACUUAAACAAUGGAUGAAGUUAUCUUGAAUCAACUUUUACGUAUCUCUUCAUGUUGAUUAGUUGUUAAGUAUUACUUCUCACCAGAACAAUUCAGAAACAAACUGAGAACCAAUAGUACAGCUAAAAAAACCUUUCUGACAGCCCUGAGCUAGUGGUCAUAUUAUGUUAUUUAAAAUAUUUUAGUUGGCAAUCAUAGCAUAUUUCCCCUGAAAGUGGUAGAUCUUUGAACCUUUAGAACAUGAAAUGCCUUCCGAGGUCUGAAGAUCCAACCUGGAGGCUUGAUUUUCAAAGUUAGGUCCAAGAUGGAUGUGUGUGGAAGCAGGCUUGCUAUCCUUGUGUAUAAAUGUCUUGUGGCAUAAACUAGUAAUUUAGCCAUUUAAAGAUGAAUAUAUUGAGGAUAUUUAUAUCUAAUUCUUAUGUUUCUCCUGUGGAACAGUUGAAAAGUUAAUAGCUCAAAAUGAAAAAGAUCGUCUUAUGUCAGACCUAAGAAGUCAGAAGGAAGACUGCAACAAAACUGUAGGUUAUGUCCGUAUUAAAAUGAAUCAAGCUGAAACUGAAAAAGAAAAAUUCCUUCAACAGUCCAAGGUGUUGACUAAUGAGAAAACUGAUCUAAUAGCUCAGAUGGACCUAUUCAAGAGUUCUUGCACAACUAUUGAAAAUAAGUUUAAGAUUGAACUUGAGAACUUGAAACAAAGCUUUGAAACUUCCAUCAGAUUACACUUACCAGAUUCGCUGGGCCUGAAUUAUCAACAGCAACAACUCGAGACCAUUCUACGGGUGUGUAGGCCCCUGCCUGACCAAAUCAGCAUUAGAAUAGACCAAGCUCUAACUCGUUUGAGGCAGGACAUCAUUGCCACCAUGCAAGAGAACAGCAACCUGAAAGUCAGCAAACAGCGGAGCAAUGAAGACCUUAAGAAAUGUGGCCAAGAGAAAGAAGAACUUUCCAAGUUAAAGGCAGAUGAGUUGGACAAAGUACAAAAGACCUCUGAAACCAAUUUAAUGGCGGCAAACGAUGAGAAACGUAGGUUGAAGAUAGAGAAAGAUGAGGCAGAAAGAAACCUGAAAGACUCACAAGAUUCUCUGUCAAGAACCAGUCUGCAGUUGGUAUCAUGCAUGGAAACUGUUCAGAGUUGCCAAAAAGUAAGUCACCUUAUUUGAGAGAGUAAUGGUUACACUAUGCCUUUUGCAAUAAAUAGCUGACUUAAUAACGUUGUUUUGCAAUUCAAUGUUUGUUUGCAAAAGCAAAAGGACCAUAAAUACACGUUAUCCCUCUCUCUCCCUUAUCUUCUCUGUCUGGUGGUCAAGCUGAUACAAGCACAGAUCUAUUGAUGUUUCCUUACAGCAAUGGUUCUUAAAGCGGCACUGUCAUGCCGAAUCCUGUUUUUUUUUAACCCCCCUCCUGCCUCCACUAUCUCUAACUGACAACCUAGUCACCCCCAAAUGCCCCUAAGCCCCCCACAUUGCCUAUUUUGUAUUCCUUAUUUUCUGCCCCGAUCUAUAUUCAGGGCGCCGCCAUCUUUGUGUGGGUAGAUGAAGUCCCUGUGGGACACGACAUCUGCCCACACUACACAGACUGUGAGAUUCCCGCACAUGCCCAGUGAAACACCUGGACAUGCGAACAGGAAUUUCAUCUAUUCAUUCAUUCAUCAGAUAGACGAAUGAAUGAAUAGAAAUGUCAGCCGAACAAACAAACACUGAGUAUCAGUGUUCGUUUGUUCGCUCAGUUUAUUACAAGGAAGAGCUACCGGCACGCAGCUCCCUCCUUGUAAUAUGUAAAGAUAGAAGCGGCAGGGAGCAGUGCUCCCCACCACUUCAUAAGCCCCCCAGUACCCCAUCACUCUAUUGGGGGUCAAUAUGACCCCCAUAAUAGCAUAAGGGAGAUUAAAAUCUCCCCAAUGUCCCUACUCGCUAAACCGCGAGUAGGGGCAUGUCCACUAAAAAGUUUGCAGCCUGGGGGUCAUUAUGACCCCCACCCACCGCGCAUGGGUGGGGGACGGGGGGGGCAUUAGGUCUCCCCCCUUAUUUUACUUUAGGGUCCUCACCCGUCAUUCACUGUUUACCAGACAUGCACUACUUGCAGUAUAGCGAGUAGGGGCAUAUUAUUUACUAAUACUAAGUAACCUUUACUUAGUAUUAGUAAAGUUGUCUGAAAGACCAAUUUAGGUCUUUCAGCCUUUUAGUAGAUAGCUCCCUGAUACAGUGGGAAUUAGGGAGUUAUCUACUAAGCGGCUGCAAGAUGCAGCUGCGGCAAUGAAUAGGAUCGGAGUUUCAUUCAUUUGAAUUAAAUUGCGAUCCGAACAAAAUGCCGAAUUGAGUUCUAAAAGAAACGAACAUACUGUUUUCAUUCAGUUAGAACGCAAUUCGGCAGUUUUGUGUAAAAUGACAGGAAGCAUCGCGGGAACACAGAGGAAAGGUAAGAAUUAUGGGAAAAUUGCUCUGACCAGCGGAAAUGAAGCACACUUUGCUCCUCCACUGGUCAGAGCUGGUCAAGCGCAGGAAUCCUCCAUAAGGCAAAGAGUCCCUACUUUGUCUUAUGAUUUUAAAGAAAACUAAAGAAGACAGGAAGAAAAGAAGAACAGAUCCUGAGAGAGGGGGAGAAGAGGAAGAGAUUGAGGAAAGGUAGGUUCGGCAUGACAGUGCCGCUUUAAAUCCUGGUUUGAGGGAAAUAGUUCCAAGCUAUUUUAGUGGGUUUCCAAUUGUUAAAAUAAGCAAAUUAUAUUUGUCAGGACCCAGCCAACUUCUCACAACAAACAGUUAACUGUAGCAUCAUUAAAAAUAAAUACUCUGUGCAUUGGAGAAGGACCAUCUGAAAAGGAGAGUCUAAAGAAGGGGUGCAUAAUUUGUUACAAUACUAUAUUAUAAAUGUCAAAAAGGGUCUCUACACUAAAGCAAUCUCAUUUCCAGUAUUAACUUCUCUUUGAACCACAUAUAAACAGGGUUGAUUUUGUUUCUCAUAAGCCAAAGCCAGGCCCCUACGUGCAAGGGAUAAAGAAGAAAUUGUGUGUUGUUUAUAUGCAAGCUUUUAUUAUUCCGGCAAGUGACCCACAUAUGUUUUGUUUUCUUCUUUUUACAGAAUAUACCAAGUCCUGGCAUAAACAUGGGUAUGUGUGAUUUCAAUUUCAAAUUAACAAUUUUCUUUGUUUAUUUAGCACAUAAAGCAGUAAAGAGCACUGUAUUUUUACACAUAUAAGACAUUAUCUAAAGUACUCAAGUUCUUCUCAAAGGAAACCUAUAGGCACCUAGAUAAAUUCAUCUUAAUGAAGUGGCCUGGGAGCAGUUCUCCUGUCAUUUUAGCCUUUGCCACGUAAAACAUUGCUGUUCAGUAGAUGCUGCAAUGUUUUAAUUGCAAUUCAGGUGGUCCUCACUUUACAAACUACCUGUUUUACGAUGGCUCACACUUACAACCACCUCUCUAACGUGGGGAUUCAAGGGAUUCGCCACUUCGGAGAGCUGGUCCAUGUUCAGGGAAAAUUCUGCGAUUCCCCUUUGGGGAAGUUUCCCCAAACAUAGAUUUCAGCGAUUCCCUGAGCUAUUGAGCUAAUCUAUUUUCGGGGAAGUUUUCCCAAACAUAGAUUCGCGGGAUUCCCUGCGCUAGUUAACUGGUCUAUGUUCGUGGGAAUUCCCACAACCGUAGACCUGCUUUCUUGCGCAUGCUCACUACCAACCAAUUCAUUUUAUGACAGGGUCUAAACACACCUCUAUUGGUUGUCUUGAAAGUCUUUUUAUUUUUAAUAACCCCUAAUGGAAUUGCAACUAAAGGCACUUCUGCUGCGAGAACUGAGUCAUACUCGGCUCUCACAGGUAAACUCCUCAAAUACUUCUUAUAGAGAGGAGGAGCAUGGAACUUUCUGUGCAUGCAGUUCUAGUACCCAAUGGUCCUCAAUUAUCAGCAAUGGAUUGGACAAGAAGAUGAAAAGUCAGCAUGAUAUUGCUGGAGAUGAUUCAGGUGGCUGCAUGGACUUAGUCACGACUCUGGAAAAAAGUAAAGUAAUAUCCUUUUUUUGCAAUUAGAUUUGGGAGUGGCGGUUAAUCUAAAUGGUGAGGAGAACGCUUUAGCAUUAAGAAUACAGGUUUAUAUUCCGAUCACUAUAGUAUUCCUUUACUUUAGAAAAAGAUUAAUGUGUAGGGAAUGCAAAUUUAAGACCAAAUUGCUGAAUUGGAAAACAUUUCCAAAUCAGUUGUUUUCUUUACAUUAUUUUGGCCUAAAAUAAAAACAUUUCACACAUUAAAGAUAUCUACGUUAUUAUUUUGUUUUGUACCGAUACCUGAUAAAGACCAUUUGUUCUGGUCAAAAUGUUGCCAGACAUGUAGGAUGCAAAAAAGGGAACCAUUUUCAUUAAUAAAAAACUACAGGAUUUUCUUUACAUUCAGUAUGAUUGUUAGAAUCAGGCAUCCCUGGUCCACAUGCUACGAGAAAUCUCCUAGCCUUGACAUAUUACCCACCAUCCAUAAGAUAGAGUAAGAUAUACUUCCUUUAUGGUGUUUGAUUUUCUCCACCCACACCCAUACAUGUGGAAACUGGGCACUUAUCUCCCCAAAGGGUAAUAAUGGGGUUCUUUGUCUUUUUAUUUUUUAUUUCUGUUAAACUUUUUUUUUUUUGAUUGAGCAUUUAUGGAGAAAUAUUUUGCUGCAAGUACGUAAAAUGGGUUUAUUAUACAUCUAAUUGGUUGCAAUUUGUUUAAAGGAUCACUAUAAUGAACCAGACCACUACAUCUCAAUGAAGUGAUCUGGGUGCAUUGACUGUGCCUUUAGAUUCCAAAACUUUUUUUCAAAGCUACAACAAUGUUUUCAUUAUGAGACUAAAUCACCAUAUAGUGUCUGUCUUCCUGACAGCAGGUAAAUGAUGCUUCCGCAGUGAGAACCGAUUCUGACUUGGUUCUUCACUAAUGGAAGCCUUUGAUUGGCGCAUUGCUGUGGUUGCUGCGCAUGUACAUUAAGUUGACAAUACUUCUCAAUGAGGGGAAGGCUAGAAUAUAAAAAUUGCACUCCCCUCCUUAUAGUGUUUAUUUAAGAGAAGGGGUAAUAUAAUCUACAGUCUGAGGAAGAAAGUACACCUCUCUGUUGAAUCCCUGCUAUAUCAGGCUCCAUUAGACAUCCUGACUGAUAUCAUAUGUAAGAUCUUAAUAGACAUAGGAGUUAUGAAUGAAAAACCACAAUUAUGUCUAGAAAAUUGCUAUGUUUCUGUGGUUUCCUGCAGAGAAGGAGUUAUAUCUCACCUUCCUGGCUGACCGAUACUACCACACCUCACCCCUUUGCCAGUCAUUACAUUGGCUUCCUGUACUCUUCAGAACCCAAGUCAAACUGCCAUCACUAACCUGCAAAGCCCUUACUAAUUCUACUCCUUAUUAAAUUUCCUCUUUACUCAACAAAUCAAUCCCCUUCUCAUACUAUUCGUUCUGCGAGUGACCUCUCCUGGCGUCUGCUUGUCUCCACACUGCCAACUUUCAUCUGCAUGAAUUUUCAAGGGUGACCCCAUCCCUAUGGAUUUCCCUUACCCAUGCCAUCAGACUCUACACUAGCCUCCAGUCAUUUAAGAAGUGCCUGAAAACACACCUCAUUAGGAAAUCUUACUAUCUUCCUGGGUGACACUUCUCUCAUUGCGCUGCCUUAUUAGUUCCCUCACCUUCAUUGCCCAACUCACUCUUUCUCUCCUUCCUCUGUUUGUUUGGUCCACACACAAAUUUACUAGCUUACUUCAACACAGCGUCUUAUCCAUCAAUCACUACUCCCCUCUGACAUGUUGUUAUUUCUCUUUUGUGUCUUUACCCCUCCCUCAUAGAUUGUCAGCUCGUUUGAGCAUGGCAUUCUAAUAUCAAAUAUCCCCAUUCUAUAAAUGUCAAGCUCUGCAGAAUAUAGUUACAUAGUAACAUAGGCUGAAAAGUGUCCAUCAAGUUCAGCCUUUUUCAUAUUUGUUUUUUGCUGUUGAUCCAAAAGAAGGCAAGAAAAGUGCUUCAAAUCUUGCAACAAACUAAGAAAAAUGUCCUUCUUGAUCCAAAAGAAGGCAAAAAAUGCUUCAAAUCUUGCAACAAACUAGGAAAAAUGUCCUUCUUGACCCCAGAAUGGCAGUCAGACCUCUCCUUGGAUCAUGAAGUUAUUACCCUACUGAUUGAAAAUUAUAUCCCUGCAUAUCAUGUUUUUGCAAGUAUUUAUCCAAUUGCUUUUUAAACAUUAUUUGUUGACACUAUAUAAAUGCUAGUAAUUAUAAUAAUAAUAAUAAUAAUAAUAAUAAUAAUAAUAACAACACCAUGUUAAACAAGAUAGUAAAUAGCAUUUGGUGUCACCUUCUCCAAAUACAAUUUGUUUCUGGUUUCAGAUGCAAGAAAAUUCACAAGUUUUGAAAAGUUAAUAUAGUUCAUCAAAGCUAAUUUGAUGUAUUCUUAAUUUAAACUGUUUAAUUUAUCUUUGCAGGCAUUAAACCCAACCUUGAAGUUAAAAGACAGUGACAUAAAACGUAAAUGCUAUAUCUACGUGCUGAAUGUGACACUCUACAAAGACCUUCACCCAAUUCAUACAUUAAUGACAAAAGACUCAAGAUUUGUGUUUACCCAUAUGGCAAAGCAUUACAUUCUUCAUUAAUGUAAACAGGCUGAAAACGUUGGAAUAAUGAUGUAUAUAUUUUGUUAAUGCACUGUAUGAAGUAGGUCCUGUAUGUCUAUUCUGCGUAAAGUAAAAUCACAGUCGAACGGGCAGGUAAUAAAUUCCCAUAAUGAUUCAGUUCUUCACUUAACAGAUUUUUUUUUCAAAGGCGCUAAGUCAUGGAUAGGCAACCAUAAACACUCCACUUAUGGCGAGCAUCUCCUAUAAUGCUGUUAAAGCCAUAGGCUUGCAAAGCUUGCAAGGCUUGCAAAGCAUCAGGGGAGAUGAAGUCCACAACAUCUGGGUUGCCUACUUCUACUCUAAGUAAUUGUAUACAUUCAAAUAUGGACAUGAACUAGUCUGACAUAUGUGUAUCUACUAUAUGUAUCAGUUUGAGUUAAUUAGAUACAAAAUAUCAUGGAUUAAUGAAAAAAUAUAUAUACACAUUUUUACACAAAAAAUUAGCUUUUAAUCUAUGAUAAGAUAAAACCAAUCACAGACCUGUAACUUCCUGACAAUGCACAUAUUAUUGAAUAACUCUGUUAGAUAUGUUUAUACCAAUGAUCUGCAUCAAGCUGUCGUGACACAGUGUGAAAAUGACUCCAUGGUGUAUCGCCCAGAUUCUGUCAUUAUCAGAGAAGUCCCACCAUGCAUCAUUUGCCAAGAACUUGAGAACAAUGAGUGUCCCUGUGAUGACUAGUCCGACAGCUUAUUUCCCUAAUUAUAUUAACUGUUUACUUAAUCUUUGUGGAUAUUUCGUGUUCCUCUGAUAAAUGGAGACGUUUGUUCAGGAAACCCCUGUUUUUUUGCUUCUUGUGCCAUUUCUAUUUUCCUUAAGAGGCUAUAUAAACGCACGCAUAUUCUUCCUUUUAUAAAUAUUUCUGUGCUGUGACGGAAGCUGAAAAUAAAUUUUAUGGUUCGCUGUAACACGA